AUGUGGGGAACGACGCUGUCAAAAGUGGCGGCCUCCCCGUAUGCUGGGACUGGGACUUCCUCUCCUGACACACCGCUGCCUAUGCACACAAUGAGUGCAGCAGAGUCACAACCAGAAAACUUGACUGAGAAGAACACAGCGGUGGCUUCUUUCCCAGCUGCCAGCCUGUGCCCUGGGCUGUCUCACAACCUGCAAGGGCUCUCAAGCCGCCCCGCGGUGGCCUCUGCUGGCACGGUGCCGCCUGUCUCUGACCCCAGGUACAUGUUGCAUUGGCAGGGCACGCUGGAGCUGGCAGACUUGCCCCUGCAGAAGGGCUCCGUGGAGCUCCUCAAGCAGAGAUGGGAGUCCGCCAAUGCUACAAGACCUGGCCCGACACUCCAGUGCUCGCCAGCCCCACAGUCCCUGGUGCUGGGUAAGAUCAGCUGCAGCAGCACCGUGGAGAAAGUGCCGGCAGACAGCAGGAGGGUGGAUGUGUUCAAGGAGGAGACCCUAGGUGGCCUUCAGCAGAUCGAGCACUUCCCCAUCACUGUGGAGGAGCUACGGAGCCACUUCGAGGCCCUGGGUGGCAAGAAGGAAACAGAAAGUGAGAGAAGUUCACUUUCAUCAACAUCGAAGAGUCAGCCUGGGAGCCAUUCUGUCAUUUCUCUGAAGGAGUCUAGUGUGAAAAGAGGGAGAGCAAUCUUUGAAAAGAUGUCAUCAGAAAAUGGUCACAGCAACAGCUCUGAAGUGGGUUCUCGCAAACUUAUAAAAGGACUACCUAAAGGGAGCACUCCCAGGGCUGAUAACACACCGCUGGAUUUCCAGGAGACUGUCUCCUUGAAAGAAAGAAUGGCUAUGUACAAGGCUGCUGUGUCUGAGAUAGAGAGUAGCAACUCCUUUGCUCAUACUUCAGAGAAAACCAAGUUCUGUACUGUGCCUGGUGGCCUGGCAGCAGUGAGGAAACAAUUUGAGAAAGUACAGAUGACUUCUUCACAAAAGACCUUUGCUCAGUACCAGCACCAGCACAAAUCUGUACAGGAAAUGUCAAGUAGCAGCCAGCACACAGUAUCAAGCAGCACCAGGGAAGCUGAGUGCAAUGAAAUGACCUCCACAGAAAGUCAAAUGGAAGCCUCUCAAAUACAAGAGGUUUCUCAUCGCGAGCAACUUACUCAUGAGAUAAAAAUGGCUUCUACAUUCAUUGAGCACACUGAUGAAACAGGAAUCAAUGCAGCUCAGAACGAAGAGCUCCCAAAGACUGUAACACAGAUUUUAAAACAGCAGAUUGAAAGGACAGCUCAGGAAAAGGCUGUUCAUGCUGACAGAGAGACUGCAACACCUGCAAAAGAAGCAAAGAAACUGCAGAUUCAGGAAAACGAAACGUGCAAACUCUGUCAACAGAGAGUUUACCCAAUGGAAUGCCUAGUUGCCGACAAGCAGAAUUUUCAUAAAUCAUGUUUCCGAUGUCACCACUGUGGCAGUCAAUUAAGCUUGGGAAAUUAUGCAUCUCUCCACGGAAAAAUAUAUUGUAAACCCCAUUUUAAGCAACUUUUCAAAUCAAAAGGAAAUUAUGAUGAAGGCUUCGGACACAAGCAGCAUAAAGAACUAUGGAAUUCUAAAGAUCAGUGUAGCUCAGUUGGCAAUAUUCAUGCUGAAGAAACACAUCCCAUUAAUAGCAUACCUGUUGAUCCUAAACCAAUUACUGAAAUUGAUCAAGACUUGUACUCAGGUACUCAAGGUAUACAUCCUGAUAUUUUGGAUAAUAAUUUGAAAAAAUCCACAGAAAGAGGUAAAUUAAAGAUGACAUGGCCGCCUUCAACAGAUGAUGCAACACCUAAGAAAACAUUUUCUGUUGAGGAAGUGGCUAAAGUAAAUAAGCCAAAGUGGCCGCCAGAAGGUCUUGCUCAAGAAGGUUCUAGUUUACAUACAAAUAAACCUCUGGGCAAUAAAAAGGACCCUCAGAAGAAAAAUGCUGUGGGAGAGCAAAAUAAAAAUGACACUGCAAAUGCACGACAAAAUCAACACUCAUCCUUUAGCGCUCUGUCUGAAAAAGAAGCUACAAAUACCUGUAAAGCAAAGAAAAAUGAAGCAGGCAAUAAGGGAAAAGAUGACGAAGCUGGGAAUGUGCAAGAUAAGCUGAAUAAAACAGGAGGAUCACAGAAUAGGGAGGAAAGUGGAAAGGAUAUUAAUGAAGGUGAUAAUGUGAUUGUGCAUAGUGCUGGGAAGGAGCGAGAGAAAAAAAUUAACGAAACUGGUGAUUCAGAAGUUGUACAGGUUACUAACAUUGAUGAUGUAACAGUACAAAAGAAUCAUAAAGAAUUCAGCUUGAAUAACAAUAACAAUAACAAUUAUGCCACUUUUUUACAUCUAAACAUUCGUAGGCAGGAAACAACUCUCUCAGCUACGUCUAAGCCAAUGACAGCAUUAAGCCAUGCAAUUUGCACUGUAUCGCAGCAUGCCUUUGCAAAGCUGGAAAAUCGGUCUGGAAAUGAAGAAAUAUUUGAGACGUAUGAAUCUCACGAGAGCUAUUCUAGUGAUACUGUAGCUGUUUCACGGGAUGAACAGAACUCAAAAGAUGAAGAUGCUGUUACCUCUAAUAGUCUUGCUCAAUUUAAUAAAGAUGCCACUUGGCAGAAGUCUUGUACUAAUAGCACAUUAGUUUUAAAGGAGGCAACUAAUACAACAUUCCCUGUUGAUAUUGAGUUGGUACGCAUUGGAGAAGAGUCAAAAUAUGACAAAAAUUUAAAUACUAUUUUAUCUGACACUCUGAAAACAUCUUUUCUUAAAAAAGACAACCUGGUUUUAGACUGUGGUCUAAUAGACUCUGUAGACAUAACUAAAAAGUCCUGCAGCCCAUAUUCAACAGAACAUGGGAAUUAUGAUACAGAACUGAAUGAUAUUAAUGCCUGUCAAGAAAGUGAAAUAAUCGAAGCGUCAAAGAAUGACAUAAACACAAGCUUAGAUUUACUGAGCUCAAGAUAUACAGCUGGUCCAUCAUUCCAAGGCAAGAAAAUCAAGUUCAAACAGUUCACUGUAGAAGAACAAAUUAAAAGACAUAGAUUCUAUGAUGAAAAUGAAUAA